AUGCCGAUUCAUAAAAAGAACGAUCACCUCCGGCGUUCCAGACUUAUAUCUCAGGCAGGAGGAUGGUCCAACACACGGAGGAGCUGUAUCUACAGGAAAACCAUACGCAGUGCCUCAUCAAAUCACAUGGAGAAAGUUUUGGUCUUUACUGGAAUCUUAAGCAACAAAGCUAAUGAGAAUUCUGGUUUGUUGUCCAGAACUAUAUCAUAUGAGCUUUUAUCAUUUUCCUGCAGUGACUAA